GGCAGGAACGAGGCACCAAUUGGGACUGACAUGCAGAAUAAGCAAAAACAAAAACCGGCGCUGCAUGCAGAGUUUCUUCUUGUUGUUGUUGCCCCUAGCAGCGCCGGUUCGGCCAUGUCGUGCUGGCGAUUUUGGGCCGCGCUUUGUAGUACUACAAGAGAAGGCAAGAGAGAGUAGUAGUUCCUGGAAAUGUAGCCCCUGGUUUCUUUGCGCCCUGCACUGUGGUACUGUGUUCUCCCUCUCUGCUGCCCUUUAUAAGAAGAAAGACUCCUUGGUCUCGUAUUGAUUGUGAGCAGCUUUCUUGAGUUCAGUCUAGUAUAGUAGCCCACCCCCCUUGACCCCAGCUCCAAAAUUAAGCAAAGACUUGUUGAGGCUUCAAAGCCCUAACUUUAUAGCCGAGAUGCCGUCGUCGUCUGCCUCUACUAAUUCGUUCUUUGCAAUUGUGCCCCUCGACGGCGGCGAGACAUGCCGCCACGCCAUGGACGCCUGCUACCUCUGCGGAAAGCCGCUCUCCAGAAUCUGCGACAUCUUCAUGUAUAGAGGGGACACUCCAUUCUGCAGCGAGGAGUGCAGGGGUGUGCAGAUGGAAGAGGACGAGGUACGUGAGAGGACUAACGCAAAGAUUUUGAAGGAGCGCGCUGCGAGAAAAGAGCAGGGCCACGGGACGUCUACCUCUGAAUCCAACAUCACCUGCGCGGCAAAUGUGCCCGUUGCGAGCUAAAUGGUACAGAGAAGCAUUAGCUCCCCUGCGGAAAUAAAAAGGCGAUACAUAUUGAUAGAUUAUUCGAUCAAGAAACUCUUUUCUUUCAAGACUAUCGUCCGAUUGAGAUGAACCGAUCGACAUGUUGUCUGAGGAAACAGCCAAGCUGUAGCUGGAGUUGCUUCGGCCUUUUAGAUGCCCGCUUUUCGUGCGUAUAUGCGUGCGAAAAUGCAAGAGAACUCGAUGUACAUAGGGGACACUCGGGAAGUAGAAGAAAAAAAAAAUGCUAAGGUGCACUAUGGUACAGAGUUUUCCCAUUUACUCUAUUUUUUUCGAAGCAGAGUCCAAAAGAAUUGAUGUUAAUUAAGAAGAAAAGAGUUGCUCAGCAUAUUAGCGGGCAAUCAGCCAAAAA